AUGUCUCCAAUGAAAAUAUUUCGUUGCAAAGAAUAUUUAAAAAGAUGCUAUGAAAAUAAAAAGAAAGAAGUGAAGAAGUUGGUGGCAACACAAAAAAGAAAUUGUAUGGCCACAGGGGGUGGAGGAGCUAUGAAAAUAGAUGAUCCGUGCGCCGAAAUUGUGAUGGAAAUCACCAAUAAAAAAACUUUAAUGGGCAUGGAAUGUGAAUUUGGAGAAGAUAGAGCUGGUCCUUCCAGGGAGUCAGAACUGGAAGAAGGAGAAGUUGUCACAAUACACCCCGAGGAAUUGGAAAAUCAAGAGGAGGAAUCUAUCGACUGGAGCCACCAUACUGCUCAGAAUUUGAGAAUUCCACUUUCCAAAGAACUCUCAGAAACAAAAAGACUCUGUGAAAAAUCUGGAAAGUGGAUUUCCAGAAGACGUCCUGGUGUAGUAAAAGCGGUACAUACAAAAAUGGAUAUCGAAGCUUUAAUAAGUUCUAUUUUCGUGAAGAGUGCUUUGUGGGAUUCAAGAGACGCCCAACAUCGUAACCGAUAUGUUUUGGACAAGUUAUGGGAUGAUGUUGCCAAUGAAAUGAAACUAACAAUUAUGAUCCAGUUGCCAAAUAUCUGCAAAAUAAAAAAAAGUUUGAAUGCUAUCCUUACCAAAUUUUUUAUUCCAGAAAACGUUGUUAGAACAAAAUGGAAGAAUUUAAGGGAUACGUUUCGUAAAGAAUUAAAAAAAAUGCCUGUGAAGCGAUCAGGAGAUGGAGCUUCGUCUUGGAGGUCAUCUUGGCCAUAUUUCGACAACCUAUACUUCUUAAAAGAUCAAUUCACGGCAAGAAAAAGUACAAGUAAUUUGCCCGAUGGCGAAAUCUUCGAUGAGGAUCUUAAUUCUCAAUUAUCGAAUGAAGAAAUUUUAGAUAACGUAGAUCCUCCAUCGAUGGUCGAUAUAUCACAAUCCUGUAUUAAUGAACCCUCCACAAGCACGCCAUCGGUGAGCAAUUUUUCAAGAAAAAGGGAAAGUGAUCAUAAUGAUUGCCACACUCCUCUUGAAGAAAAAAUCAAAUUGUUAAGUAACCAGAAGAAACCACCAGAUGAAGAUGAAUGUUUCUUCGAAAGCCUCCUUCCUCAUAUAAGGACACUCAGUCCGAGAAAAAAAAUGCUAUUGAGGAUGAAUAUACAGAAAGAAGUUUAUGACUGCGUUUAUGGAGGUCAGCAAAGGACACAAUCAACCAGUUCUGUACAAAAUACACCGGAGGAAUAUUCGACAUCUACAUCCAUAGCAUCUUACAUAAAUCAUUUUUCUGAUGAAUCUUUUCAAAAUUUGUAAAAUUCAAAAAAUACUCAGUAGCAUUUACAUUUUUCAUUCUUGUUCAAUUUGGAUCCAUUCCUGAAUAAAAUUAUGAGGA